AUGGUCGGCAACCAAGAAGUCGCUCUCUGCGUCGACGGCCAUGACGCCGAUGAGAGCUUCCUCGCUAAGAUUGCGCCGACGUUCGAGGACGAGCGGGAUCUCGUGGGCCAGUUUGAGCAUGCUGUCGGCGUCGGGCAGCGCCUCUUCCACGAACUCUACGCCUUUCGCAGCUGCGCCCGCGCCUUGCCCAACGUCUCGGACGCCAAAGCGUACCGCGCCAUCUUCGAUGUGUUGCGUCCGCAGAUGCGUAAGUUGCAGCGGCUCUGCGCCUUCUGCCACGAAACAACGAUUCUUGUGAGCAGCAACAUGCAAAAGUUCACCGCGCAAGACAACUGCACACGCGUCGUGCCCGACACGCUCCUCGCAGCGUUCGUCUCGGUGCUCGACGUGCUCUUCCAGCUCAAUCAGCUCUACGACAUCAAGUCGGGUCUCCGCAAUGACUUUUCGGUCUUCAAGCGAGCGUUCCAGUCUAUCAAGGACGACAUAGCUGACGCGCCCACGAUCGCUUCGGAGCUUCAGACGCUACAAGAGUUCCUCGGUAGUGCAUCCCACCCCAAAGGCUACAUCUUCAACGCCCUUCGCCACAACAUUCACAACGUCAAGCGCUUUGAGCACGUCAUUUGCCUGCUUCUCAAGCACGUGUUGGUGCACCUCGAGAAGAAGAUGCAUUUGGCCCACGACAAGUUCGCCUACCUCCGCGUGCUCCCGUACUUUCUCCUCGUACUCGACAAGGACGGCCAUGGCAAGGCCAAUGCGUUCAAGGGCAACAAGGCCAAGCUCGAAGCGCUCGGCAAGUUCCUUCGGCGCUACCCCGUGCUGCCCGUGUACGCCGAUAUGACGUUGCGACCGGCCACGUUGCUGCAGACAUCGAGCUUUGCCUUCCUCUUGCCGACUUCCGAGGCAACGCCCGAGGCGUACGCGUUAGCGCCAUGGCGGCAGCGUGCCAAGAAGGAGCUCGAUGGGUACCUCCCCCGCCUCGCGCUCGCCUUGCUGACGAGUCCGUCGGAUGGAAUCUACGACGUCGUCCUCGAAGGUCUCCAGCUCUUGGUCGGGUGGAAGAGUACGCUCGAGCAAGGCGUCGCGUGGAAGCUCGAGCACCCGGCGGCCGCAACGGACAACCAAAGCAGCGCCUCAUCGGCCUACGAGCGCGUGACCAAGUUCAACUACUUGCCGUCCGAGCGCGACGGGCUCAUCGAGCUCAUUGUGAGUCUCAAGUCGCUCGGACAUGCGCUGCGCCAGGCGCAUGCGUUGCACGGUGCGGCCGUGCACGCCGUUGUCUACUCCCGGCUUCAAACGUUCGCACAGCACACGCUGCUUCCGACGCUGCACCGCGCCGAUAAGAAGAAGAAACAAGCGGCCACCAAGCUCCUCCACGAGCUGCGCGUGCUCGUCGGCGACUUUACCAAAGUGGAUCCGGACGACUACAAGCGGGGCCGUGCCGACCGUGUCCUGAGCGACCUUCGCGCCAGAGCGGUGGCCCCGACGCACGGGCAGCUUCUGCGCGCGCGGACGCUGACGCAAGCGCUCUACGACAAGCGCGGUGGCCUUAGAAGCAGUGCGUCGUGGAGCUGGUCGAGCCACCUGGACGCCGACGUGGCGGCGUUAAAGGCGUUUUACUCCGAGUCGUUCUUCUUUACGCAUUUGUGCACGCUCGAAGCGACCGUGGCGCGACUGAGCAGCGUCGGCGACCUCUGGUACCGUGAGUUUUACCUCGAUUUAACCAAGUGCGUUCAAUUCCCGACCGAGCUCUCCAUGCCGUGGAUUCUUCUCGAGCACGACCUAACCGAGCACGGUGGCCGGCGCCUCGGCUGGCUCCUCGACGUCUACAACGACGCUGCUGACAUUGCCCUGCGCGAGCUGCGGCAGCAGCACCUCUACGACGAGGUCGAGGCCGAGACGACGCUGAGCUUUGACCAGCUCGUCUUUCUGCUUGGCGCAACGACAUAUGCCAGUGCGCGGCGAUGUGGCGAGAAGCAGCCCACGGCCUUGGCGCGUAUCGCGACCGAGCGCCGGCUCUCGCUCCUCGGACGCUCGUUGGACGUAAAUGCGCUCAUUGGCGACCACGUCCAGGCGGCGUUGCUGCGCGAAAUGGAGUCGGCGGUCGCUCGCCUCGAAGGCGCUGACCUCAUGCACCUCGUGGCGUUUGCGACAACCAUCGAUGCGCUGCAGCACGCCCACGCUCGUCUGUGCACGCUGCUCCCUCUGGAUCCGUUCGAUGCUAUGCUCCACGAGGUGCUGGACACGCGUGUGCUAGCGUUCGCGCGCAAAGAGCUGUUUGAAAACGUCCUGCCGCGCUACGGCUACGACGCUCUCGGUGCUGCGUUCCACGCCUCUGCCACCGGCUACAUCGGGCGCGCACACCUCGCGACCCUCGUGCGGUUCAUCGGCGUCGCCGACCUCUGCCGCGUGGCCCAAGACGCCAUGCGCGAUGUCGACGCCAAGAUCCAGGACGUCCUCCCGCUCUGCGUGCACGCCCUCGUGGCCGCCGUGCCUCCUUGCUCUCUGCCCAAGUUUCUCUACAAGACCGAAGGCUGCCUCAUGUACUUUGAGGGCAAGUUCCAGUCGGUCCUGCAGGACGCCGACCUCAAGGGCCACCUCUUUCAGUGCUUUCGAGAGCUCGGCAACACCCUCGCGCUCCUCUCGCUCCUCGACGAAACCACGGCCGUGAUGGGCCGCAGCACUGCGUUGCUCCCGUAUCUGCUCGAGGGCAUGACCUCGGCGCUUGGACGAUGCGGCUUUCUGACGUCGUGGGGACCGCCGACGAGCGGCGGGUAUUGCCAUGCGUGGGGCGCCCUCGAGUUCCUCCUGCACUACACCAACGACGUCGACGACGGCGUCGCAGUCGCUGGCGCCACGCUCCUCCAGCUCCUUAAGCAGCGAGAGCGGUACGCGCUUUGCAGCAGCACGCAGCAUCUUCUCCACGUGCAAGACGCGUACAACGCCGUGACGCUAUGCAAAGACGAUGGGGUCGGCCGCGCCGACGAUACGACGACGCGCCGGACGCUGGCGUUUGUCGCGCAGGCCAAACGAUCGCAGAUCGUUCUCGACGCUUGGCUUGCAGGCCUCGAGAUGCUGGACUGA